AUGGCACCUGGAGGAACCGGCUUGGGAAACCAGGCCAUAUUGGCCAAGAUUGACAAGCUAAGAGAGUUGAACAUUGGUGCGACAAUCCCAUUGCCCCAGCUUGUCGUCGUUGGAGAUCAGUCGUCUGGGAAAAGUUCUGUACUGGAGAGCCUGACAGGAUUCUCUUUCCCUCGCGCCCCCGGUCUCUGCACUCGCUAUGCGACUCAGAUUACAUGCUGUCGCGAGCCGGAAACGUCCAUCCGCGUCUCUAUCAUUCCUCGUCCUGGCGCAGCUGAGAUUCUCAAGGCUGAGCUUCUUGAAUUCAAGCGCUACUUAUCGAGUAUUGAUGGCGAUGACUUCGUCCAGGUCUUCAAAGACGCCAACGGUGCUAUGGGCAUUCGAAUGGAUGCAGCUCAGAAAGAUGAUGGGCUUGCGGCGUUCAGUGAAGACAUCCUCAAGAUCGAGAUCAGCGGACCUGACCUAACUUGUGGCAGCAUACUUGCAGUCGUAUCGUGUAGCGUCGACAUUGCCACUCAGGAGAUUCUUAAACUUGCCGAAAUCGCUGAUCCUGAGGGUGUGCGCACGAUGGGUGUACUCACGAAGCCGGAUCUCGUUACAGAAAUGGCCACCCAAGGUAUGAUCAUUGAUCUUGUUCUUGGAAAGCGCAGUACCCUCAAACUUGGAUACUAUGUUGUCAAGAACCGUAGCGCAGAUGACAAUACCUCGACGCUCUCUCAGCGUGCCGCUGCCGAAAAAGCGUUUUUCAUGGCACCUGCUUGGUCAUCCGUCAAGGAUCGCUGCGGCACGUCGUCCCUCAAACUCAGGCUCCAGGAGUUGCUCUUCCACAUUUCCAAGCAGGAAAUUCCCCAUGUUAAGUCGGAUGUUGAGCAGCGUCUACGUCAGUUUAGGGCUGAUCUAGAAGCCAUGGGGCCUUCCCGAGCCGAUCCGAAUUCCCAGAGGAUGUAUCUGGGUAAGCUGGCCUCUAGAUUCUUGGCCGUAACUCAGGCCGCUUUGAAUGGAUACUAUGCCAGCGAAAAGAUCUUUGGAAGGCUGCCUGACCUGAAACUCAUCACGAAAAUUAUGAAGCUUAAUGAAGUCUUCUCGAACGUUUUCUGGAAACGCGGUCACAAGCAACACUUCGGCCCUACGUGGGACGAUGAGGGGGAGGACUCAUUUGGACGCACCAUCGACCAGCUUCCCUUUGAGAUCAACCUCGCUAGAUACUCUGAACUUGGAUGUAUAAUUUGUACGGAUGAUUAUCAAUGCCCCAAGCCCUUGAAGGGUCCUAUCAUGAGCCACAUCGAGGAGGUCUUUGAGUCAAGCCGUGGACCCGAACUUGGAACAUUUGGCGGAACGAUCCUUGCCACAGUCUUUGAAGAGCAGUCGGAGAAAUGGGAGCAACUCGUGUUGUCCCAUGUGAGCAACGCAAUUGCGCUGGUCCACGAAUACAUUUUUCAGCUUCUUACUGAGUUGUGCCCAGAGAAGCAGGUUAGAGACAACCUAUGGGACAAUCUCUUACUCGACAGGCUGGUGAACUCGUACCAGCGGGCAAUGAGCCACUCUCGCUUCCUUCUAGAUAUCGAGCGUGGAGGUACGCCGAACACUUUCAACCAUUACUUCAACGCAAACCUUCAGAAGAAGCGAUGUGAGCGGAUGACCAAAACGUUCAACGCUAUGACAAUUGACUCACCCUGGGGGGAAGAGAAUGAGCGAUACGUGCCUAUGAGCAAAAUAGGUCAGCAUGCUGUCAACAAGGAUAACGGGCAGCAGGUGUGUGAGGAUAUCGUUGAUACUCUAAUGAGCUACUACAAGGUAUCUCGCAAGCGCUUUGUCGAUGUCGUUUGCCAGCAAGUCAUUUUUCACCUCCUGCUUGAGGGUGGCGGCAGCCCGCUGAAAGUUUUUGGCCCAGAGCUGAUCAUGAAUCUCGACCACGACAAGCUUGAGCAGAUCGCGGGGGAAGACGCGGAGUCGAAACACCAGCGGCAGGCCUUAAAAAGGGAGGUGGCAAGCUUCGAGGAGGCCUUGAAGGUCUUGCGAUCUUGA